AUAAACAGAUACAUAAAAGAAAAUUAAAAAUAAAAAAAUAAAAAAAAAUGGCGAUUUUUGGUGAUCCUUUUAGAAGAUUCUUAUUGAGUCCGACGAUUUAUCGAAGCUUUUCUGGUUCUCCUGCUCUUCUCGAUUGGAUUGAAUCUCCUAAUUCUCACAUCUUCAAAAUCAAUGUUCCAGGGUAUAGCAAGGAGGAUAUAAAGGUUCAAGUUGAAGAUGGAAAUGUGUUGGUGGUGAAGGCGGAGGGGCACGGCGGCAAGAAGGACGAAUUCCACGGUAAAGAUAAGGAUGUAGUGUGGCAUGUGGCGGAGCGAGGAGGAGGGAGAGGUGGCGAUUUCUCGAGGGAAAUCGAGCUGCCGGAAGAUGUGAAGGUGGAUCAAAUCAAAGCUCAAGUUGAAAAUGGUGUUCUUACCAUUGUUGUACCAAAAGAUGCAACUCCAAAAACAUCUAAAGUUAGGAAUAUUAAUAUCACUAGCAAGUUAUAAAAUCUUGGUUAUGGUACAAUAAAAAUUAGGGAUAGUUGUUUGUGUACGUUGUCACAAGUUGUGGAAUUGAAUGGAUGCAACAAAGUACUUGUAGAAUAAAUAAGGUUUUGUUGUAUCCAAGCUUAAUGUACUUUCUAUAAUUUGCGUAUAAA